GCUUUUAUUUACAUCUGAGUACAGAAGUAAAUAAAACGUGCAUUUUACAACCGCUUUUAAUUAGUGCUUAAAUUUUCACAGAUUUUCAGUACAUUUUCGUGCAUAAUGGGUAAAAAAGAUAAAAAUAAGAAAAAAGGGAAGGGAGCCGAAAAAACUGCAAUGAAAACGGAUAAAAAGCUUGCCGCCAGACAGAAAAAACUCAUCGCAAAAUUGGGAGAGGACGACAUUGAGUCGAUUGUGGCCAAGUACGAGACGAAGGAAACCAAAUCUUCGGAUUUAACGGAAUCUUUAUGUGCCCCACCAACUGCAAGAGUAAAUUUUGCCAUCUGCUCACAUCCGGAUAAGGAAGAGAUCUUCAUCAAUGGGGGAGAAUUCUUCAAUGGUCAGAAAACAUUUGUGUAUGGAGAUUACUACUGCUACAAUGUCGCCAAAAACGAAUGGAAAGUUCUUAAAUCAUCAAUUUGUCCAGCUCCUCGGAGUGGUCAUCAAAUGGUGUCGGUGAGCACUGAUGGUGGGCAAAUUUGGCUCUUCGGCGGAGAAUUUGCAUCACCAUCGCAGCUUCAGUUUUACCACUACAAGGAUCUAUGGGUUUACCGUAUUGCCACGAAGCAGUGGGAAAAAAUCAAUGCCGCAAAUGGUCCCAGUGCUCGAAGCGGUCAUCGAAUGGUGGUAACCAAAAAGAAGUUAUUUGUCUUUGGAGGAUUCCAUGAUAACAACACCUCGUACCGAUACUUCAAUGAUAUACACUUCUUCUCUUUGGAAAACUAUACAUGGACAAAAGUGGAACCAUCUGGAACGCCACCAGCUCCUCGUUCCGGUUGCUGCAUGGUUGCCAAUCCCGAGGGGAAGAUCCUUGUUUGGGGUGGCUACUCUAAAUCCAACGUUAAAAAAGAAAUAGAUCGCGGAGUAACGCACGCAGAUAUGUAUUCACUGACAUCGGACAAAAAUGAAAUGAAAUCGUUCAAGUGGACUAGCGUGAAGCCUGGGGGCAAACGUCCACCUCCAAGGAGUGGAAUGAGUGCUGUAAUCGCUGCCAAUGGAAAGGCGUACACCUUUGGCGGGGUAAUGGACACUGAGGAAGACGAAGAAGAUGUCCAUGGUAUGUUCAGCAAUGAACUGCAUUCACUUGAUCCAGCGUCUCACAGCUGGAGAAAAUUGGAGCUUGCUACAAAGAAGAAGAAUACGAAACAGCAAGACGCAGAAAUGGCCGAAAGCAAACCAGUCGAAGAGAAAAAGGUUGUGUAUGACGAUGGCAUUUUCACUAUGUCCGUGGGCGGUUCAACUCAGAGCAGCUCCAGUUCCAAAAUGGAAACGGAUAGUGUUGAUCUUGGUGGGCCAUCACCACGCAUGAAUUCCGGCAUCGUGAUCUGCAAAGGAAUACUGUACAUCUACGGUGGCCUCUACGAAAGCGGCAGUCGACAAUAUACAUUGAGUGACUUUUAUUCUAUAGAUUUACAUAAAAUGGAUCAAUGGAAGACCAUAAUUGCCAACAGUCUUACCGGCAAUGAAUGGUUAGGAUCGGAUAGCGAGGAAGGAUCGUCCGAUGAAGAUGAUGAUGGUGAUUCUGAUGAUGACGACGACGACGACGAUGACGAAUCUGAUGAAGAUGAUAGCUCCGAUAUGGAUACCGAAUAAAACUAAUCUGAUUCACAAAUAAAAUUAUUACACAAAAUAAUGAACAGUCACCUACCUAUCGAUAAAAUAGACGAACAGGGAAAAAGGCGGUCUUAAAUGUUGAAAAUGUA